GCGCCUGGGCCUGGGCCGGGCCUGGCCGAGCCGGGAAGAUGGUGCUGCGGCGGCUCCUGCUCUCCCUCAUCAACACGCAGCAGCUCGUGGAGCGCCUGGCUGAGUCGCGGCCCAUCCGCCGCGCGGCUCAGCUCACGGCCUUCGCGGUGCUGCGGGCGCAGCUCGGGGCCCGGGAGGCGACGCGGAGCCUGCGGGGGCCCGCGGGACGCGCCGCGCGCUUCGGGGCCACCCUCGUCCGGGAGCUCCGCCGGGGCCUCCGGGAGCGACCGCCGCCGCCGCCCGGGGGCAAGGAGGGCCCGGGCCGGGGGCCGCGAGAGUGAGGCGAGGGGAGAGGGCCCGCCGCAGAGGGGGCUCCCCACCCUCCCCGUCAUCUGUUCCCCGCGGAGCGGGGAGGGGGGUGCUUUCCUUCCCCCACAGUCAUCUCACCCCGCGCUGAGCAGAAGGGGGACUCCCCUCCCCCACAGUCAUCUCACUCCCCAGCCGAGCACAGAGGGGGGCUCCCUCGUCCUCAUCUGCUGCCCUCCCCCCUCCCAUCACCACCGCACCGCUCGGGUCUCGGGCUUGGGUCUCUGCUGGACGCCUUUGACCUUCAGCCGUAUCCUGGACACACAGACGGAGGGAGGGACUCGGAGCUGUCCUUAAGGGGGUCGGGGGCUCGGCCCUCCCCGCGGCACCAUCGCCUUUCACCCAAAAGACUUGGUUUCUUUGGCCGGACAGAAGUCAGCCGUGAGAUGCUGGUCCCUUUAAAAGCGCCCGCGGGCGAUCGUGACCUUGGACUGUUUUGGGGCAGAAGGCCCCCCAAGCCCUUUAGCCCACUGGUAAGACUCGUAGCUUUCUGAGCGGGAGAGGAAGGCGUCCCUCCGUCCAUCUGUCCGCCCUUCGGUCCGCCUGCCUGGGCUGUUUGGGAUUUGCAAUCGCGGUGUGAGUUCACCUGGAGCAAGUGCCUCGUUGGGACGCCCAGAGGGGGCCAGGCCGAGGCUCAGGUGUGUGCGUUAAAAUAGGGUUUGCCGGAUUCAUGCGGGAAUUUCCCUGUGCGUCUUUACACCUGCGUUCCCUCUGUUCGCUUUUUCAAGUUAUGAGUGAUUGACCUUGGCUACAUAAGCAAUAAAUUAUGAAUUGCGCCUGGGGUCUGGGGUGGUGUUCAGAGAAACCAGACGACAAAGCCAUGAGCCAUGACUGCAGAAUCUCACAGACCUCGGGUAUGCCCGCCCUCCCUGAGAAUCCGUGUCCUCGUGUGUCAAUGAUUGUGUUCAAGGGGAGCCCUCCUGCCUCAGGUGUCAGUGCCCAGCAGGAGGCCCUGUUUCACAUGAUGUGUCCACAGUUUUUCUUUGGCUCAGCCAGCAGGUGAAGCUGGCCUGUACAUGGAGAUAAGUCCCCUUCGGGCCUUUGCUUAUUGUUGGGGGUUUGGCAGUGAUGAAUUUUUGAGGACAGUAAACUACAGGUGGCCUUUGA